AUGGCGGAGCUCUACGCUUUCAUCGCUGAUGUUGGCAUAUGUGAAGAAGAAGUCAUCCGCGUAUUUCGUCCUCACGUUGACGCACUGGCGGCCCUCUCAGACGAUCAGUUUGUUGCACACUUUCGGCUCUCCAAAGAUGCAGUACGAGAGGUGUGCAGCGCCGUUUCGGAUGACUUGAAGCGACUGCAGCAGUGGCGCUCCACUACACUCUCCGUGGAACAGAGAGUACUAAUGGCACUGAGAUUCUAUGCGACGGGUGCCUUCCUCGAUACCAUUGCACAUGAAGAAUACUUCAGCACAACAAAGCGACCCGUGUCGGAAGCAAUUCAUGAUGUAAGCUGGGCGAUCAUAAAGAACCUGGCACCAAGAUACCUACGUUUUCCUACAACACCAGACGAGAAGCUUGCUGUGAAGCGUGGGUUCUACGAUAUAAAAGGCCUGCCUGGUUGCCUUGGUGCUGUUGAUGGCACAGUCAUCGCAAUCAUUGCGCCAAGUACUAGGGAUCCACGCUUUGUCGAUGAGGAGAGUGAAGUAGUAGCUGCAGAAAACAACAGCGACCUUGAGGAAACUGAUGACGAGGAUUGGGAAACUGGGAAUGACCCUACCAGCGAGACUGCGCCACUUGGGUCACCAACCUCUCCUGCACUUCAAUGA